GGCACUGCAUAAGCUCCUGCAGUACCUGGAGUACGGCCCACAGGUGCGACUGGUUUUCCCGGAGCUCUUUGUGGUGCUCAUUAUCCAGUUGGUGUCCGCCGGGCCGCUAGCUCCGCUGGAGAUCACCGCCAUCACGGAGGACCCAUUCCGCCCAUCUGCGCCCACCUCUGCCAUCAGGUAACACCGCAGUGCCCACACUGACCCCUGACCCCACGCUGACCUUUGAGCCCCUGCUGACUCCUGACCCCACACUGACUCCUGACUGCAUGAUGACCUCUGAUUGAACCCUGACUCUGCACUGUGCCCUGGCCCCUCACUGACCUCUGACCCCCGACCCUGUGCUGACCCAAUGCUGCCCCGUUUCCAUGCAGGACGGUGGUGGAGACGGCCCACAGUUUGCUACUGUGCGCCGAGAUGGACAACCUGGCGUUCUCCAUGGACACCCACAACCUGUGGGCGCGGCUGCAGGGCACAGCCACGUGGCAAAAUGGCCUACACUCCCUUGCCAAGUACGGCCCCAACCCCUUCCAUGCUCUGCCCCACGCACUGCCCCACACACUGCCCUACACGGUGCCCCAAGUGCAGCGCUCCCGAAAUAAGUAGGGAACAAGGAGAGUGCUCAGGGGGUGCUGAGGCACGGUGGGCAGAUGGAAGAGCACACUGUGGGGCGGCAUGGGCUGUUCCGGUCCCCCUACUCCAGCCCAGACCCAGUGGGGUCAGCCCCCCAGCCCGGCUUCAGCCCUCCCCCUGCCCCGCAGGGUGAUGCUGAAGAACUGCCGGGAUCAGUGCAGACCCAUCUUCAGACACCUGCAGAAUCUGCUGCAGUACCACCAGCUGCAGUGGAGGGAGGUCCCCGCCAUGGCGUUCUACUUUGAGGUGGGUGUGGAGACGGUGUGGGGGGGUCUCCUUGGGAGGAUGGGCCCCCUCCCGCCCACUGACCGCCACUCAUUGCAGCUGUGGAGCUGCCAGGGGCACCACGAGGAUGACACCGGCACCCAAAAGAUCUUCAGGAAAUACAUCCGCAGCAAACAGCCCAGGAGCAGAGAGCUGGCGCUGCGCGGGCUGAGGAACCUUUAUGCUGGGAGGAUGCAGCUGCUGCUACCUGACGCGCUGCUGUGGCUGCAGGACAUGCGGGCUGACAUCAAACUGCAGGCCAUACAUCUGCUGCAGGACAUUGCGGCACAGCACCCCGCCAGCAUCCGAGGUGUGCUCAGCCAGCUGGCCGUGCAGCUGCUGUCCUGCUUCAAUGAGGUGAGGGACGCGGGGCAGCGGGGAGCAUUCAAGCAGCCCCCGCACCGUGCAGAGCUCAGGACUACCCCCUUGUGUGUUUCCUCCCAGGACAACGCAGAGGUGCGCUGGCGCUCCAUGGAGCUCUUUGCGCUGCUGCUGGAGGCGCCAGGCAGGAAGCGGCUGCUGCUGCAGGCGGAGAGGAGUCUGCUGCCACUCUUCAUCCACAUGAAUGAGGACAUCCCCAACGUGGCGCAGGCUGCUCAGAAAGCUCUGAUCCACGCCGCCAAGCUCCUGGGCUGGCAGCAACUGCAACGCUUGGCCAGCGCGGCGGAGGUCUGGAUGAUUGCUGACUGCCUGCUUCAGAAGAGGGGCAGAGAUGCGGAGCAGUACCUGAAGGACACGGUGCUGCACCUGCACAGCCCCCAGGUGCCCGUGAGGGACACGGCCGUGCGCUUCCUCGGUGAGUCCCAUCCCCAGUGGGUCCCCAUCCCUCCAGCUGAAUGCUGUGGGGUCGGUGCGCAGCGGGGGUCCUGGGGGGUCACUGGGGAAAUGGUGGGGUUCUUGGGAGUUAUUAGGGCAACACUGGGAUUACUGGGGCACUAUGGGGUUCACUGAAGCAUUGUGUUGGGUCUCUGGGGGUCCCUGGGGUCCUUGGGGGCAGCUGGGCACCACAGGGGUCACUGGGGCACCAUAGGGUCCCUGAGACACUGAAGGGUUGCUGGGGAUGAUGGGGACACAAUUAGGGUAGUAUGGGGUUUUUGGAGGUCCUUGGA